AGCAGGCACGCGCGCGCUCGCUCGCGGACUAUCAAAAUGAUCGGCUGGCUUUUCACACCACAACUGGCGAGCCACCCGAAAACACUCGUUCUCCCGAUCCAAGACGAUUACAAGUCAAUUUGUUUAACGAGACUUUCAGCCCAUUCUCCACAUUCCGACGAGGGAGAGCAGCCAUCUGUAUCAAGCAUCCCGCUGCACCGUCACGAUGUCCUGUAGGGAGCAACAGUUUGCAAGAGAACGCACCAUAAACAACGGCAAUAUGCUCUUCCCUUCUGUGUUUCCUCUCAGCUCUGCUUUGAAGUCCUGGUUACAGCCCAAAACCAGCCGCUCGGAUAAGAAGCAGAUUCCAGUGUGGGGGAAUAAAGUAUUUUUAACUCAUGGAGGCAUAAGUUCAGCAUAUGUCAACACAGGACCAGACUGAAAUACCCCCUGCCACUACUGUGAAAAAUUCACCCAGCAAUCAAGGCACAACUUCAAUAAAAGACCCCAAAGGGGCUCGAAGAAGUCUGUGAGACAGUUGGGGAAAGGUUGGCCACCACUGAGCCGGGCGGCGAGGGCGCCGGUCAGGCCGCCAUCGGGGAGACGACUGCUCAUGCUCACCAUGCUGUAGCUAAAAGAGUGAAAGCUGGCUAACAGCUGCAGAACACCCCAAAACUUUUCAUAGGCACUACGAUCCCAGAAAUAUUUCUCAUAUACCAACAAUGCAUCGAUGCCAGUGCUAAUGUUGGCACUGCAUUACAUGUGGUGACAGGACACGAGUUGGACCAUCAGGCAGCCCGGUGGGUCGUUCGGGUUACGAGCACAUCACGAGGCAAUUUCAGGCGGGCGUGGUCACACCAUGCGGCCCUGGGCAGGUUCAUGGCGGUGGAUCACCCUGGUGCUAUUAGCCUGGGGCACGCUACUCUUCUACAUCGGCGGCCAUUUGGUGAGGGACAGCGAACACCCGGAACGUUCCAGCCGAGAGCUCUCGAAGAUCCUGGCCAAGUUGGAGCGGCUCAAGCAGCAGAAUGAAGACCUGCGGCGUAUGGCUGAAUCGCUCAGGAUACCGGAGGGUCAGGCAGAGGCCGGCUCCCUGGCCGCGGGGAGGCUGCGCUCGCUGGAGGACCAGCUAACCCGAGCCAAGCAGAAGAUCCACACCUUCCAGAAACUGACAGGAGACGGCCCGGGGCCCACUCAGGAGGAGCUGCGGCGGAGAGUGGACAACGGCGUCAAGGAGUUUUGGUACUUCGUCCGCAGCGAGGUGAAGAAACUGGCAAACAUUGAGGUCAGCGAAAGGCAGAAAUAUGCCGAAACCCUCCUGACCGAUUUGGGGAACCAGCAAAGGUCUAUCAUGACAGACCUGUACUACCUCAGCCAAGCAGACGGCGUGGGCGAGUGGAGGAUGAAGGAGGCCAAAGACCUGUCGGAUCUGGUUCAGAACAGAAUCACCUACUUGCAGAACCCCCCGGACUGCAGUAAGGCCCGGAAGCUGGUGUGCAACAUUAAUAAGGGUUGCGGUUACGGCUGCCAGCUCCAUCACGUCGUCUACUGCUUCAUGAUCGCGUACGGCACCCAGCGCACGCUCAUCCUGGAGUCGCACAACUGGCGCUACGCCCCCAGCGGCUGGGAGAGCGUCUUCCUUCCUGUCAGCAACAGCUGCACCGACCGCUCUGGUGCCACCACCGGACACUGGUCAGGAGAGGCCCACGAUAAGGAUGUGCAGGUUGUGGAGCUGCCUAUAGUGGACAGUCUUCACCCUCGCCCCCCUUACCUGCCUUUGGCCAUCCCCGAGGAUCUGGCGCCGCGUCUAAACCGCCUCCACGGUGACCCAUCCGUCUGGUGGGUGUCCCAGUUUGUCAAGUAUCUGGUGCGGCCCCAGGCUUGGCUCGAGAAGGAGAUCCAGCAGACCACUGCCAAACUGGGCUUCAAACACCCCAUCAUUGGCGUCCACGUGAGGAGGACGGACAAAGUCGGCACGGAGGCGGCCUUCCACCCCAUCGAGGAGUACAUGCUGCACGUGGAGGAGCAGUUCCAACAUCUGGCCCGGCGAGGCCACGUGGACAAGAAGCGGGUCUACCUCGCCACGGAUGACCCCUCCUUGCUGCAGGAAGCCAAGACAAAGUACCCCGACUAUGAAUUCAUCAGCGACAACUCCAUCUCGUGGUCUGCGGGCCUUCACAACCGCUACACUGAGAACUCUCUGAGAGGGGUCAUCCUGGACAUCCACUUCCUUUCCCAGACCGACUUCUUGGUGUGCACGUUCUCCUCGCAGGUGUGCCGCGUGGCCUACGAGAUCAUGCAGACCCUCCAUCCGGACGCCUCGUCCUUCUUCUACUCCCUGGAUGACAUCUACUACUUCGGGGGCCAGAACGCCCACAAUCAGAUCGCCGUGUACCCGCACCAGCCCCGCAACGGCGAGGACGUCCCGCUGGAGCCCGGCGACGUCGUCGGCGUGGCCGGCAACCACUGGGACGGGUACUCCAAAGGCGUCAACCGCAAACUGGGCCGCACCGGCCUCUACCCCUCCUACAAGGUCAAAGAGAAGAUCGAAACGGUCAAGUACCCGACGUACCCCGAGGCGGACAAACUGCUGCAGUCCCACAAGAAAUGAAAUGUGGCGGGGGGCAGGCGGGGGGGCGUGGAUCUAUUAAAAGAUACAAUUGAAAUAUCAGAAGAGGAGGAGGAGAAAGCCGUAGACUCCGGUUUCCAGGGAAGGAGGCCGCUUUUUGUACAGAACGACGAGGAGGCCCGCGUAGCCAGUUAGAUGAGAAGACCUGACGGAGACUGACGGGACUGCACUCGGUGCAUGUGUGCGUGAGCGCCAGCGUCUGCGCGCGUGUGUGUGUGUGCACUUGCGCGUGUGUCCGGUCGCAGAGGACUCGCACCGCCACUCCCCUGCCUCGCCUCGGCGCGCUCCGGC